GUGUGGACGGUUUUUCUUGAUUUCUACUUUGGCAUUGACUGAAUCGGGAUGUAUUUGUUUUAACGGUGCAGGAAACGAUUCCAGGCAGAACAAUGAGACGGCAAGUACUGUUGUUUCUCUCGCUGCUAUGCCUCAGCUACGUGAUCGGGCAGUGAGAGCCAGAGACGCUGACUGGAACCAGAAUGCCCGUGUUUCUUACAUCCUGGAGGACUCCUCUGCUAACGGAGUGCAAGUCUCCUCUUAUGUGUCUGUUAGUGCUGAUAGUGGAGUCAUCCAUGCAGUGCGCUCUUUUGACUACGAGCAGAUCAAAGACUUCCACUUCCGGGUCAAAGCACAGGACGGAGGCUCUCCUCCACUGAGUAGCAAUGUGACUGUGAAAAUACUGAUCCAGGACCAGAACGACAACCCUCCUCAGGUCCUGUACCCAGUCCAGACUGGUGGCUCUCUGGUGGCUGAGAUGGUGCCUCGAUCAGCAGGUGUGGGCUAUCUGGUCACUAAAGUGGUGGCUGUUGAUGUGGACUCUGGACAGAAUGCCUGGCUCUCCUAUAAACUGCAGAAAGCCACAGACAGGGCGCUGUUUGAAGUGGGCUUACAGAAUGGAGAAAUAAGGACUAUCCGCCAGGUGACUGAUAAAGAUGCUGUGAAACAAAGACUGACUGUUAUAGUGGAGGACAACGGGCAGCCCUCUCGUUCAGCUACAGUCAUUGUUAACGUGGUGGUGGCGGACAGCUUCCCGGAAGUGCUGUCUGAGUUCACUGACUUUACACAGGACAAGGAGUACAAUGACAACCUGACUUUUUACUUAGUGCUGGCUCUGGCUGUAGUGUCCUUCCUCUUCAUCACGUGUUUAGUGGUUAUCAUAUCAGUGAAGAUCUACAGGUGGAGACAGUCUCGCAUCAUGUUUCACUCCAAUCUCCCUGUGAUUCCAUAUUAUCCUCCACGUUACUCAGACACUUUGGGGACAGGGACUCUCCAACACGUGUACAAUUACGAGGUGUGCAGGACGACUGACUCCAGAAAGAGUGACUGUAAGUUCGGCGGAGCUGGUAGUCAGAACGUGCUGAUAAUGGACCCCAGUUCUACAGGGACGAUGCAGCGGAUACAGAGUGAAAAGAGCAUCCUGGAUGAACCUGACUCUCCUCUAGAGGUCUAA